UGCAGUGCAGAUGGGCGCCUAACUACCUCAGGGCCAGAGAGAGGCGCGGUGAGAUGUAAUUAAAACAAAUGUACAGACCCUGGUCCUUCGGGUCCCCCCAGGAGCAACGACUGGCUGCGCAGCCCUGGGAGGAGCAAGGGAACCGCGCUCCAGCGAGCGGCUUCCGCGGGGAGGUGAGAGGACCGGGAAGAGCCUGCACGAGCCCCGCCCACGCCCUGCUGCGACUUCCCAUCGGCCGUCGACCGGCGCGCGUCAGUGACGUUCCCUCGCUUGCCGCCGGGAAGUGCGCGCGGCGAUGACGGCGCAGCGGGGUCGGUGAGCGGGUGCGAGGGGUAUCUGCAGAUGUGUGGUUGGUGACUCUCUCUCCAGAUGCUGAGGUGCCUGGGUCCCUGGCGCAGGCACUUGCUGAGCUGCAGCUGGAGUACACUGUGCCUUCUGAAGCACUCUCUGUUUACGAUGAAGUUGCAGUCUCCAGAGUUCCAGUCACUUUUCACAGAAGGCUUGAAGGGUCUGACAGAGUUAUUUGUCAAAGAAAAUCAUGAAUUAAGAAUAGCAGGAGGAGCAGUGAGGGAUUUACUAAGUGGCGUAAAGCCGCAGGAUGUGGAUUUCGCCACCACUGCUACCCCUGCUCAAAUGAGGGAGCUGUUUCAGUCGGUCGGCAUUCGUAUGAUCAACAACAAAGGAGAAAAGCACGGGACGAUCACUGCCAGGCUUCAUGAAGAAAAUUUUGAAAUUACUACACUACGGAUUGACGUUGCCACUGAUGGAAGACAUGCUGAGGUCGAAUUCACAACUGACUGGCAGAAAGAUGCUGAACGCAGAGAUCUCACUAUAAAUUCUAUGUUUUUAGGUUUCGAUGGUACUUUAUUUGACUACUUUAAUGGUUAUGAAGAUUUAAAAAAUAAGAAAGUUAGAUUUGUUGGACAAGCUAAACAGAGGAUACAAGAAGAUUAUCUUCGAAUUUUAAGAUAUUUCAGGUUUUAUGGGAAAAUUGUAGAUACCCCUGGUGACCACGAUCCUGAGACUUUGGAAGCAAUUGCAGAAAAUGCAAAAGGCUUGGCUGGAAUAUCAGGAGAGAGGAUUUGGGUGGAACUGAAAAAAAUUCUUACUAGCAACCACGUAGAUCAUUUGAUUCACCUCAUCUAUGAUCUUGAUGUGGCUCCUUACAUAGGCUUACCUGCUAAUGCAAGUUUAGAAGAAUUUAACAAAGUCAGUAAAAAUGUUGAAGGUUUUUCCCCAAAGCCAAUGACUCUCUUGACCUCACUGUUCAAAGUGCAGGAUGAUGUCACAAAAUUGGAUCUGAGGUUGAAGAUUUCAAAAGAAGAGAAGAAUCUUGGUUUAUUUAUAGUUAAAAACAGGAAAGAUUUAAUUAAAGCGACAGACAGUUCAGAACCUUUGAAACCCUAUCAAGACUUCAUUAUAGAUUCUAGAGACUCUGAUGCAACUGCUCGUGUGUGUGAACUCCUCAAGUACCAAGGAGAGCACGGCCUUCUGAAGGAGAUGCAGCAGUGGUCCAUUCCUCCAUUUCCUGUAAGUGGCCAUGACAUCAGAAAAGUGGGCAUUUCUUCCGGAAAAGAAAUUGGGGCUCUCUUACAGCAGUUGCGAGAACAGUGGAAGAAAAGUGGUUACCAGAUGGAAAAAGAUGAACUGCUAAGUUACAUAAAGAAGACCUAAAAUUGAUGAGAGCUGGCUACUAAAAAAGCAGAAACGUUUUGGUAAGACUAGUUUUUUCCCGUCCCCCCCUUAGUGAAAUUGAAGAGACUGGAAUAAAAGCCAGCUUAGGGGAUCUCUUCAGAAGAAUAAAGAUCUUAUUUUGUGAAAUAUAAUUAUAUUUCAGGCACUCAAGGAAAGUCUACCUCCUCUUAAUCUGAUUUAUAUCACUGAACCUUGUAAUUCUUUUGGAGUAGUUCCUACUGAGGGAAAAAAAAGAGUUGGCUUCGCUUGAUCUGUCUAGGUUUUUUUUUUAAAAAGCGGGUUUUUUGCUUGGUUUUUGCGUAGGGCAGUACUGAGAUUAAUCCUAACACGUGGUAACUGUCUUGAAAAAGAUGUUUCUUAGUAUUUGCAAUUGAAAUACCUGGUUUAAUUUUCUACAACGAUUGUGCAUGAUAAGUGUCAGUUUUUAUCUGAAUUCCAGAAUAAACUUGUGCUUGAAAAUAGCCGACAAAUUGGCAUAAAGUAUCGUAUAUAAAAUGUGUGUGAAGAUCAGAUGUGUCCCAGGUGGCUGUCAUUCCUACACCGAGGACUUGUUCUAGGGAGCUGUAGUUGAUACUCUUCUCUGCCAUAAUGAAUGAUUUCCGUAACUUCCUGCUGAGCCGGGGAAGAUUAGCUUGAGGGUUAGUCAAGAUUAGCUUGAGGGUUAGUCUUGAGCCCGUUAUUUUAAUAAACACUUCCUUUGGAAUUGGAAGAUAAAUGUGGGUAUCUGUGUGUGUGUGUAUAAAAACAGGUGUCAUAUAUACAUAGUGACAGUACUCCUGUCGCUUUAAAGUAAAAUAAAGGUCAUGGCCUUUUGCUCUUUAAAGAUUUGAGGCCAGAUGCUUGCAGUGGGUGAAGAGGUGUAUGGCACAAAGUAUUGUUUAUUCUGACAUUUUAUAAUUUUCCUUUCUGUGUAGCCAGUCAUAGCAUCUUUGUGCGCUACCGGUAAAUAGCAAUUUUGGACCUUGAUAAAACAAUUUUGAAAAGCAUAUUUCUGUUAAAGCGCUGCUAAGAGGAAGUGUGACAGACAAACACUCAAUGUACAAACAAACAGGGGCUGUGUUGCAAGAAAGGGAGCCUCAGAAACGACUGCACACAGGUCAGUAAUUAAACAUCUUAUAAAAUAACC